AUGGGGUUCUUUUCCCCGAGUCGCAAGAAGCAGCCGGCGGAGGAGGCGCGCGGGAGCGACGGGGACGGCGGCGACCCGGCCUCGGCAGCUUCCGACCCGGCCCCGGCCGUGACGACCGGGGUCCCGCGACCCGCGCUCGUAUCGUCGGACCGCCGCGCCGCGCCGCCUCCCGUCGUCGCGCCGACGAACAUCACGUCGUGCAUCACCGCGGACGACGACGGCGCUUGGCGCUUCCAGCCGUGCACCGUCGUCGUCCACAACCCCGGCGCCGCGCCCGUGCUCUUCAAAGUCAAGGCUCUCCAUCCCGACGAGGUGUUCGUCAAGCCCAACCAGGGCGCGAUCGCGGCUGGGGACGAUAUCGAGCUCACCCUCACGUUCAAACACCCCGACGUCGCGGAGACCUCGGCCCCGAGGCCCAACGAGCUCGCCGUGCUCUCCCUCGCGUGCGACGCCGGGCACUCGCUCCCGUGCGACCCCGCGGUGGAGCAGCCCCCUUCGGUGUUCGUAUCGCGAGCGUUCGACGCGGCGGACAAACACCGCGCGUUCCCCGCGCGUAAGGUGGCCGUGAACUUCGACAUCACCGUCGCCAAGGCGGUGAGACGCGCGUGUGAGGCGGCGGCGAGAGAAGCGGAGGGACGCGCGUGUGAGGCGGCGGCGAGGUCGGCGAGGGCGAGGGCGAGGGGAGAGGCGGCUCGGCGGUUUGGCUGCGUGUGGCGCGCGCUCGCGAGGACGCGCGCGCUCGCGAGGCAGGGGUACUACUCCGAGGACCUGGCGAGUGAGGUGAGGGCGAUGGAGGCGAGGUUCGAGUCCGGCUUGGCGGCGGCGCGGGCGGAGAACGACGGGCUGAGGACCAACCUGGAGAUAUCGCGGGGCAACGCGGCGAGGGAGGAGGCGGAGUGUCGCAGGCUCGAAGCCGAGAUUGACGAGCUCAGUCUGGAACUGGAGCACACCAGAGCCGAGGCGGACCGCGCCAGAGCGGAGGCGAACGCGCACGAGGAGGCGGCGGCGUCGGCAUCCGCCGCAGCCGGCGUCGCCGCCGACCGGCUCCUCUCCGCGGAAAAGUCGAGAGAGGAAAAGCGGGACCGGAUCGUGGAGAUGGUCAAGGCUGAGGCGGAGGGGAAGAUCGCGCAGGAGACCACGCGCAUGGCGACGGAGCACGCGCGGCGACGUAAGCUGUUCGACGACGUGGUGACGAACCUCACGGGUAGGUGCGAGGCUUCGGAUAAGGAAAGACACGACGCGGUGGCAAAGUUGGAGCUCUCCAGAAGCGAGCUGGCCGACGCGCGCAGACGACUGGAUACGCUCCAUCGCGCCGUCCCGAACGUGCUGGCGAACGUUCACGCGCGGUGGAAGCUGGGCGGUGGCGACGGGACGUGGACGGCGCGCGUCGUGUUUGCCACGUGGCGCCACGUGGCUGUCAUCGCGAGGGAAUCGGAACGGCUGAACCGGUGCGUCGAGGAGCUCGUGCGUGAACGCGCCGAGCGCGAAACAAUGAUCCGCGAGGCUAGGCGGGAGGCCAGGUUGGACGCCGAGCGAACAGCCUCGGCGCGCGUGGUUCGGCUCGAAUCCGCGAACGACGCCCUCAUGACCGACCUGAGGGACGCGUCCGAUGCGGCACAGCUGGCGCGGGGCGAGGUGGCGCGGCUGGCUCGGCUUCGAGAGACGGAUUCGACGGAAAACGCUCGGCGGAUGCGAGCCGAGUUGGACGCGAAGGAGGCGAGGGAGGAGGCGAAGGCGCACGCGCGCCGAAUCAGGGCUCUGCGGGAUCUCUCCUCCCGGGUGGGGCGAUCGCCGGUUGAAGGUCCGGGCGGGCGCGGUGGCCCGGUGGCCGAGGACUCGUGCGCCGGGUGCUCGGACGACGACGACGAACCGUCGUCGCCCGCGUCUCGACUCGACGCCGAAGCUCGCGAGAAUCUCCGGCGAGGAUCGCUGAUGAAGAGAACCGGCUCAUCGCCUCCUCCCUCUCCCUCGCGGCGUGCGGCCUCGCGCGACCCGCACGUGCUCCUCUCGCGCGCCAAGUCGGCGGCGAGGGCGUCGUCCCAGGCGUCCGCGGGAUGGGGCGGAUGGGGCGACGGGGACCGCGCGACGCCGCCGCCGUCCCCCGCUGGUUGCGCACAGCUGGCGACGAGGCGAGCCGAGCGAGGCGGCGCGGGCGUGGACGGGUACCUGGCGCUGGCGCGAGCCGCGGCGAGGCGGUUCAACGAGCCGUUGGUGUCCCCGCCGGCGGCUUAG